GUCAAGUCAAUCACAAACAAAUCAGAAGACAUCCUGCCGCACACCAAGUCGUCUUCCUGUUUCUCUACAUCCAAUAUCAAGGAAUAAACUCCACCACAUCAUACCUUUCACCACCUGUUCAGCCAGGUGAUAUUAAAGUGCAUUCAAAUGCCAGGACAAUGAUACUGCCUCCACUUCACCAACUAAGCGCUCAUGAGCACUCCUGCUUCGGCGACAGAGAGGCCUCCGGGUCCUCAUAGACAGAAUGUCGUACUUGUAACACAGAUCGAAGAGUCUAAAAACAAUGACGCAGAGAAACACUCUCCUAAACCCGACUCUUCAAAACCACCCACACAUCAACGUCUUGUUCUCACAGAUCCCAUCGCAUUCAGGUAUUUGGAAGAAGAUCCUGGGGUCACAGUGGUCGAGAGAAACCAGGAACUGCCAGGCUAUGAAAUCUACGUCGUAGAGCAAUGGGCUACUUCUCGCACUCAUCCAACGUUUGUCAUCACCACCUUUACAGGUGAUCCGCAACAUGUCGCUCAAGUUGGUAUCUUGAGCGUCCCCACUGACGAGUCUGGCUGGUCACAGCGUCUACGAGUCUACUUCAAGGCUUUGAACCAAUACCAUGCACGACGGAAAGAAACACCACUCGGUAUACUGAUGAUCACGAAUCUGUCUGGCUUUCCCUCGUCUUUGAAUGUCAUUCCGGUUCCAGACGGUGAUCUCAAAAAGCAUCGCUUCGACUACUUUGUCGCUGAGAACCUCAAGCGCAUGGGUUGCUCUGGACGCGUCGGACUUACUCUUACCGCACCGAAUAGUGCUACCACUGCGAAAUUCCAUCAGCUGUACAAGACAAGCGACAAGAAUCCGAUCCAUACCGCAGUCAUCGAGCUUGUCAAGCUGUGCCAGGCCGCUCUUAACAUAUUUGACAAACUCGACUUUGAUUACGUGGAUGGCUUGCUAUGCGACAUCACCGAAAAGGCAGCCAACGACUGGUGGCUCGACAUCGGUGCCGAGUUCUAUAACAUGGAACCGCACGACGGUAUCCUUGGACCUACUACUGUCGCUGCCAUGCUUGGUCUGUUGAUGGGUGCUCGCAAUCGUCUAAGUGCUGUCGGUGCACCUGUACCGAAAGAUCCGUUCGAUGUCGAAGGCAUGAAGCGUGGAAUAUCACACUUCCAGAAAUCCCAACGACUUGAGCGAACUCGAAGGCUUGAUCGGCAUACCCUGGAUAGACUGCACAGAAUCUCUGCAAAAGCAGCGAGUGCUGAAGGAUGGUCGGUACCACGCGCCGUCAAGUCUACCGUAGCUGAGCUCAGCGGAAAGGGAGGUGAGAUGUUGGCCGAGGUUGUCGGAAGGCGAGACAAGGCAGGUAUCGCUGAUAUCGAGACGUCCUACAUUGAUCGGUUUGAGCAGCUGGUGUACGGUCAGCGCUGUAAAUGGCUAUGGCUGGGAAAACCUCUCAAGAACCAGUCCGUCGAUCUCAAGGAGCAUAGAGCAGAGGAGUAUGACAGACUUUUCGGUCGCAUUGAGCGGAAGCACACGCAAGAGUCCGUUACAACUGCAAGAGGAAUGUCUGAUGAUGUAAUAUCACCUACAUGGCCGUCCAGUAGGGACGGUGAAGGCUCUAUCAAGGAAGAGACACACCUCCAUCGCUCUGUUACGAAAAGGGCGACGGGCUUAUUCAACGAUGGAAGAAGAGGCUUCGGAAAGUUCAAAGAUGCUGUUCGUGGUCAUCAUCCAAAGGGUUCGAAGGAUGAUUCACCCCUCUCGCCUACAGAUUCAUCGGCUCAAGACUUCAAGUCUCCUCAUGCAUUGCACCGCAUAAACUCGACAUCACCACCUGCAAGUCCAAAGGUUCAACAAGAGGCGAAUGGAAAUCUCGAUCAAGUCUUGGAACAACGAGAAUAUCGUCAGAAACUCGAACGUAUCGGGCGCAACGAUGCUCAAUACUCCGACAACCUCUUCAAUAGCCCCCUGAAUACCAAUGACAGCGUGUUCCCUGUAGAGGACCCACAGAGAAAGUCAGAAGACGCGCGAGCAGAACAAAACGGAGACAAAAGCGACAACGAUACCGAUAUCGACAUGUUCGACACAAUCUCCCGCACCAUAAGCGGUGCGCCCUCAAUAUCCAUAGCAGGCUCUGAUUACCACGGCUACGACCUCAAACAAGUGCUUCCUCAGCCCUCUGAUCUAGCUCAAGAUAUCGGACCUCUGCUCCGCAACAUACGCUCCUACAGCGAUUUCGAAACAUUGAACUUCAGCAGUCGCUCAGACAGCUUCUAUCCGCGGCGUCUGAGUUAUAGCAUUGCUGAGAGCAGUAUACUCCCAUCUACCACCCAACUUCUAGCUCCCUCAUCACCUCUACCCCACACAUCUCUAGAAUCACAAUUCGAGCACGAAACAACAAUAUCCUCCGACCUCAAAGCCCUACGCGCAGAAAUAGCAACUCUAGACCGCAAAGAAGGAACCUGGACCCGCCAACAACUCCUCGCCACCCAUGACCUACUCACCCAAGCCGACGAGGAUCAAAGUUACUUGGACAGCAUUUACCGCCCUAGCGCGGCAAACCUACAAGAUUUACGAGAUGCUAGUGAUGCAUUGGUCAUUGAUGAGAGAGAUGCUCUGCAUGAAGGAGCUAAAGAAUUAGAAACUUUGGCAGCGAGAUUGGAGUAUGAAGUUGAGGGUUUGAGGGGCAAGGUUGAGGAUGUAGAGGUUAAUGUUGGGGAUUUCGAGAGGGCUGUGGGUGGGAUUGAGGGGAGGAUUGGUGAGUUGGAGGAUAUGGGGCAUGGGAAGGGGUGUAUUGUUUGUUGAGAUGAGGUUUUUGAUGCGGUUUUGGAGUUGUGAUAGAGAGGUUUGAAUAGAUUUGGUUGAGUGUCUUUGAGUAUCGCCUUCGCUAGCCCAUUGGACACGACAAACUUGAGCGUCAAAUACUCUGCUCCAUUGGGACGUGGUCUGGUGUAUGCUGUAUUCACACGUCUGUGCGAGAACCCCUGUGAUUCUCAACUUGAAU